GAGGUAGACACGAAUAUUUUGGCCAGAACGCUUCUGUGCCUCGUGCAAAACGGUUCAUUUCUCGUCCAGCAAAACGCUUCUGCUUUCUGUGUGGGUGUGUGAGUGUGCGUGUUGGCCGAAUGCCUGAGUAGAGAAAAAUCUAAUUAUUGUUAACGGUCCUCAGCUUCAGCACAGCACUUUGUUUUUUGCGUUUAGAAAUAUUUACGGCCUGCGGCAAAAUCCAAUUGCCCUUUUUUGGACAGAAACGUUUGUGUGACUGCAAGGACGAGUGAUUGUGCUCGGUGUUGCUUCUGUUGCCUUGGUUGUGUCACCAAUACAUACACGCAAAUAACACACAAGCACACAUCAUACACACACAAGCACACACACAGCGCAAUCCUUGGAGAAAAGUGAAAGUGAGACGCCCCAGCGACCCGGAAAUCGGACAGCUUGGUAUUUUUCGCAUUUGGCGCACAACUUGGCUGGGAAAAAAUCGAAAUGAUUUAAUAUUAAGCUAGCAAACGGAUUUAACUAAUCCGUUGCUAACAACAAUAACUGUAUGUGUAAAAUUCAACUUACAAAAAAUUUAAAGAAGAGGUGCCAGAGAAUCUGAAUUCACCCUGCAACAGUAAACCCAGAUGCCCGAGGCAUUGAUUCUACCCGGCAUGGCUGACGCAGAGCCGGACCUCUCGACGUUCGAGAACAAGACGGGGCUGGCGGAGGACAUGAAGUUCCUGGCCUCCAUGCCCGAGCUGUGUGACGUAACGUUCCUGGUGGGCGAUACCCGCGAACCCGUCUGCGCCGUCAAGGCUGUGUUGGCAUCCCGAUCCCGAGUGUUUGCCAAAAUGCUCUAUGCUGCCCCCUCGCCCCAGCGGAAGAGGGAAACCUCCACCAAGGAGAACAAGCUGCGCCUCUUCCUCAAACGCUCCUCGGAGCCCCUGCUCAAUCUGCAGAAUGCCGCACAACAGAGAACCGGUUAUACCCAACAAUUAGCUCCGAUACCCGAGCCCUCAGGUCAGCAGCAUCAGACGCUAAUUAUUGAGGAGUUUGAGCCCGACGUGUUCCGGCAACUGAUCGAGUAUAUUCACACGGGCUGUGUGACCCUCCAACCUCGCACUCUGCUGGGCGUCAUGAAUGCCGCCGAUUACUACGGCCUCGAGGAACUGCGUCGUGCCUGUGCAGGAUUUGUGCAGUGCUGCAUCAAUGUGGAUACCGUAUGCGCCCUGUUGGCCUCGGCCGAACGUUACAUUCAGUACAAGUGCACGAAGACCUUGGUUCAAAAGGUUUUGGAGUUCGUGGAUGAGCAUGGAACCGAGGUACUGAACCUGGGCAGCUUCACGCUGCUGCCACAGCAUGUGGUUCGCCUGAUCCUGGCCAGGGAGGAGCUGCGGGCCGACGAAUUCACCAAGUUCCAGGCGGCACUAAUGUGGAGCAAGAAGUAUUAUGAUAACAAUCCGAACAUUGAUAUUAAGGAGAUUCUGGGCACGUUCUGCGAGUACAUCCAGUUCCAUAAGAUCCCGGCCAAUGUGCUGAUGCGGGAGAUCCAUCCGCUGAACCUCGUUCCGUAUGCCAUCAUCAUGAACGCGCUGGCUUACCAGGCAGACCCAGAAAGCAUCGACCCCGGAAAGCUGUCUCCCAACUCUAGCCGACAACACCACCGCCACCGUCACCACCACCAGUCGCUGCCCAAGAUCCGGAAAGCCAAGUCGCAGUCCUUCCGCACGCGACGCAGUCCCUCGGAGCGACGAAGUCCCAAUAAUGCACCCAAUCUGACUCUGAAUACCUCGUUGACCUCCGGAAACGGAGAGAAGAAGCGCAGCCCCCUGACGCCGAAGAGUCCGGUCAUGCCAGUGCCGGAGUCCAAAAGUCCGGGCAGCAGUUCCCAGAAGACGCCCACAUCGCUUUCGCGCCAGGGCACACUCCGGGCAUCUAAUCGCCGGAAGAAUAGCGGACAGCUCUCCAUAUCGCUGGGCACCCAGGGCAGACGAAGUCCUGUGGGUCUCAACGAUCGCAGUCCCCAAGGACGCCGGAGUCCGCUCUUCCCGAACAGCGGAUUGAGGUCACCGAACGAUCCGAUGACUAGUCCCACAGUUAGAAGUCCAACUGGGGAGCCCCGAAGAAGUAGCCCCACAUUCAGCGUGCACACACAGGAACGUCGAUCUCCUUUGGGAGCAGUGGCACCCACAGACUUCGGCUGCCAAUUCGGAGUUCCGGGUACCCGAAGGAGUCCCACAUCCACGGUUCACGUCCAGGACAUGGCCACUGAACCAGAAGAAGCGGGUUUCGUCGGCCUCAAGCGGCCGUCGAUUAGCCUCUUCACACCCAUAUAUUUCGCCAGUGAGAAGCGUUCGCCCAUGGGCCCGAUACCCCCGAUAACCGUGUCCAAUCCCGCCGAGACUUACAAGAGUGCGGAACGAGAACGAGAGGCGGCGGAGGCCGCUGCUCGGGAAAGGGAAAAGGAGAAGGAAAAGGAGGCAGCCCAGCCGCAGGAGAAGAAGAGCGUGAUGCGUGAGAUCCUGGCCUUUGUGAGGAAGCCCUCUAAGCAUCUGAGCAGCCGAACCAACCGCUUUGCAAAUGCCUUCACCCGAGCGGAAUCCGGAUCCUCCGGUGGUCCUCUCAUCCGGCAGAGCACCUUCUCAGCCAGUCCAGCGGCAUCCUCUACGGCCGCCAAGAGCGCUGUCCAAAAGCAAAUGUCCGAGGUUGGCUUCGAGCCGAAGAUAUCCCAGAAAUUCACCCACUACGCCAAGAUGUCCCUGAGGCUCAGGAGGUCGACGAAACGUGACGAGGAGGAAAAGGAGAAGCAGAAGCAGAGUUCAGCUUCCGGAUCCAAAAGACCCAGUGCUGACUUAAGUCAGACCAACGCGGAUCAGCAGGUAGGUGGAUCGUCGGACGAACUGCCCUUCGAGCUGGCCAAUGUCCACUUCGAGAAGGUAGGUGAGUCCUAUAUCAAGCAUGAGAGGCUCCGCGAGUUGCAGGAACCAGAGGUCGUAAAAGAAGAGGACACAGAAAAGGAUGCGGAAGCGGAAACGGAGGUGGAACAAACCGAUGCCGCCAUGGCCCAGUUCGUGGAGGAGGUCACCAAUUCCCUAAAAGUGGUGGCCCUCAACGGAGAAGGCGGAACAGUUGCAGUGCAUCACUUCACACGACGAUCGGAGAGCAGGGAACCUAUAGAGCCGCGAAUCAGCGAGGAACGGGAAUCAGAUUCCAAUGACCUAAUGAUACCAGAUGACAUGCGCGCCGAGUUGGUAGAGAUCUUGAAAGCCUAUCCCCCAGAACCAGUUUAUGUGAAUCUGCAGGCACUGCGGCGGGAGACCGAAGAUGCGGAUCUGGCCAUCGCCCAAGCUGAAGCCGCAGCUUUGGCGGCAGCCGAGCCCGCAAAGAAGCCGCUCCAGUGUCCUACCAUCGAGUUUGAGCCGCCGUCGCGCCGCUCCUCCUUCGAUCCGCCGCGUUCUCCGUUUUUGGAGCAGCUCCGCAGUCCCGGGGUGGACACGGAAACCGAUCUCAUAAACCUACAGCGUCUGGAUUCGGGGGGCGACAGCUUCGAGCUGGUGGAGAGUAAGUGGAGCAAGUCCAGUCGGGGGGAGUCCAGUUUCGAUUGCCCCUAUUCGUCCAGAGAUACCAGCUUUGACGUUUCCAUUUCGCGGUAUCAGUCCACUAGCUACGAGGAUCAGACCUCCAGCUUUGAGAUUGUAGAUACCGAUGAAAAAGGCCAGGGCAGACGAGCCGUUGAUCUGAGGAAGAGCUCCAUUGAGCUUGUGGAUGCGGAGACCUUCCAAAGAUCUGGCUCCUCCUGCGGAGGCCGCAAGUCCUCGCUGGAGACUCACUUUGACUACACACCCACCGAGGGCGGUGGUCGAUCGCCCAGCCUUCCGUUUCCGGCGAUGAGCAAGAAGCAGCGCACGGAGAAUUUCCGCCAGCUGCACGUCUCCCAAUUCAGUGCCUUCUCCCGGGCACGCAGUCCGCUGUCCCAGCAGACUUCCUCGAACUAUAGCUCCAGGGAUAGCUACGACUCCAGUGGGUCAUAUCCCCACGGCUAUGGCUAUCCCCCGGAGCCCCAGAGAAGUCCUUACGGGGAUCCCAGUCGCAAGCACUUUCCCCUGACUGUCCGGCAAAAAGGCGAGGAGGAGCGAGAGGUGCGCACCUUCCUCUGCACUGAUCAGAGAUGUGCCUCCAUCUUCGAGCCGCGACCCAGUUCCGUGCUCACCCAGCAGCUAUCCACUGGGUCCAUGUCCACCCCAUCGGGAUAUACAAACGGCACGCCCAGAGUUCCUGGUGCUGCUCCGGUCGGACCGGUUCCCCUGCCCCACCCCAGCGCUCCGCUCUCCUCCUGCGGCUUCUCCAGCGGCAGUGAAUUCGAGCCACCGUCACCGAGACGAGCGGCCAGCGCCUCGCCCAAGCACACCUUCACAUUCCGCAUCGUGAUGAAGAAGGUGGACAGCUCGCCGGAGGCCUUGUGCCCGGAAAGGCAUCGCUCGAGGAUUAUAGAUCGUUACAGGAGGCGCGACAGUCGCCGGAAGCGCAUCCAUGAUGCGGGAAAGAGCUUCUAGGGGGCAGAGAGAAAUACUAAUGGUAAUAGUGGAAACCAGUGAUGGGGCUAGUACUUAGAUAGAAAACCAAAGAAAGGCCAAAAGAGUGGCGUAUACUUUGUAAAAAGUAAUGUGCUGGAAAUAUAUGGCAUAUAAAUCUAAUUUAAUUAACUGAUCAAAUUAAUUCUCAAACUCAACAAUAACUGCCCUUUACAUACUGAUGUCUUAGUACGUUAUUUCAAAAAUACUCAAUGUUUGUACCAUAACGAGAAUAUCUCAAAUUAAAUCAAAUGCUGUAAAUUUAAAGCCGAAUUGCCCUAUAACGAUAAAACAUUACCUAUUUUAAUGUUCAAUAUGCAUAAAAUAGUCCUGAAUAAGAAACAUAGUAAAUCAAUAUCAAGUACCUGUAAUUGCAUAUGUGUAUUUUCUAAAGUAAUAAUCACAAUUGUAUAUGAAUACAAUAUGACAUGCCAGGUGCUAAUAUUAUCAACAGAAUUUCUAUAAUAUAUAUGUAUAAUAUUUUUUGUUUAGUUAGUCCAUCGCCUCCCAUCACUGGUACCAAAACAAAGCAAACCUCAUAAACACUGGCGGCAAUCUAUUGAUAUCUGUACGAUACGCAUAUAUUUUUGACAAUCUCGGUGUUGAAUCUUUGUGGAUCCUAAUCGCAAUCUUUUAGGCUUAAGGGUGUCACCGAACAGAGGGCGUUUGGUAAUCAAACUUUAUAAAAUGGUUCUGGUUUUUAGGCCGUUUCAAAAGCUCUACCAAAGGCGCUCGCUUCGGGCCACCGAAGUUGAUUAAUCCAGUUCCCGUAACUUCGGGUGUUUGGUAUGACUUAUGAUCUCUGCUGAUUUGUGAAGCAACCCUCGUUCGAACCGUGGUUGCAAACUAAUCGAAAAUGAAAGCUAAUGAAGUACAGAUGAAGUCAAAAUGUAUAUUCUAAAUCAUUAACAAACUUAUGCGCAACAAUAAUUCCUCCCACGAUUUACCUGACUACUAUUUAAACAACAAUAGAUCAAAAGUUUAUAUGUAUACAUGUGCAUAAGAGUUCACACUUUGAUGUUGUAAUUGAUGUGGAAACCGAAAUCAGAAAGCGAUAAUGUUCUAAGUAUUUGUGCAUUUUUACGUGGUUCCUGUUAUAUAGCUAUAAUUAUAUGCGUUAGCAAACGCGAGUAUUACAAAUUUUUGAUGGCAUAAUAUAAUCAAUAUACAUUGUAUGAUUCUAAAUAACCUAAGAUGAUGAUUAAAAUCUAAAUGUAACCGAACUGCGCUGCUAUUGCAAAAGGUGAGACAAGAUUUUCUAGUUAGCUCCUAAGACUAAGAUCAAAGCAAAAUUAUGCGCAUCUGGGUGUGCGUACAUGUUUGUAUAUUAAAGCUGGACUUGGGGCCGUACUUAAAUCUUAAAAUUUAGGAAAAGCAUUUGCUUUUGUGCCGCGCAAAGAGUGGAAAAAUUGUAUUACUAAAUUAAUUAAUAAUUAUUGUUAAACUUUGAGCAACAUUUUUGGACUCUGUGUUUGUUAGUCAAAUAGUGUAACCCUGAGUAAAGCAAGCCUAAAUUUAAGCAGAGUAUCUAAAGAAUCAUAGUUUACAAAGUAUACACAGAUAUAUGUUAUAUUCUAAGUGGAGUAAGAAACGUUUUAGCGCGAUACUCCUAAGAAGCAAGAUAUCAGCAUGUUACAGGUAAUUACGCUUCAUAAGCAUUUAAUUCCAAUCAAAUGGUAACUAAUCGUACCGAUAACCACACAUCAAUUGCCACCAGCCGACAUCUUGGAUCUGGGAGAUCCAUCGAUCCAGAACUACACACUCGUAACACUCGUAUCGGAAUGCCAGUAGAAACGUUGCUAUUUUGAUUUGUAGUUGCUUGUUUUGAAACUAACCAAACAGUCGCUGACCAAAUCGCUUACCAAUUACAUAUUUUCGAUCGAUUUUCCAUUGCGCCUCUGAAUGCUUGUGAGAGGUGGUGGUCGCCAAUGGAGCCAAUUGUAGCGAUUCGGAUUCGAUUCCGGCCAGAACACCCAACUACAAUUUCACAAUGCCAACUUCUUCUAUUUGCAGAGCGGGUUUACGUUCACAGUGUGCCAGCUGGAUCGGAUGUGGAUGUAGGCCCAGUUUGCCCAGCUUAUAUACUGAAUACUACAUAUGUAUAUAUAUUUAGUAUUCCCCCUUUCCGGGUGUUAAUUCAGAGGAUGUCGUUGUCGUGGCAUUUGUUAGACUAAGUCCAAUUAAAAUCGAAUCGAAUCGAAUCGCGUUAAAUACCUUACUUUGCAUUUUUAUUGCUAUUGUUACCGCUCACAAACAUACUCGAAUAGUUAGAGCUAAUACCUCCAAACAUUAUGUGCGUUCGUUUUUAUUGUAAUUUGAGACAAAAAUAAAGCCCAGAUUUCUGUGUUACCUUUA